AAAUUGAUCAUCCUGAUUUAAAUAAUAAUGAAAAGGAAGAUGAAAUAGAAGUUGUAGACUUUACAGCAAAUGAAAUUGCAAUAGUUUUUCAAGAUUGGGUGGAUAUAUCAGAUACGAUAUUUGGAUUAAACAAUAAUCAAGAAGAAACUAUAUUGGCUGAAAAAGAAGUAAAUAUGAAUUUUGAAAAUAGGUCUUUGGUUCAGGAUGUAUUAAGUGAUAGUGAUUUAGAUGAAUAA